CUGAUUCGCACACCAAGGGACUUCUAACAGCGAUACCUUUGGUCGUUCUCCUCCUUCUGCAUAUUCUAUACUUCGAGCCGCAAUAUCUCGCAAUGGGUGCCUGCCUAUCUUCAGGAGGAGGAAUGGACGUGAGCGACACUGACAAAGCUCUUCAUCGUCAGGCGGAGAAAGAGCUGCGAGAUCACAAAGCAAAGAUGGCGCAACAAGUCAAGGUGCUACUACUUGGCUCUGGUGAUUCCGGAAAGUCGACGAUCCUCAAGCAAAUGCGUCUAAUUCAUAAGGUUCCAUUCUCCUCUCAGGAGAUAGAAUCUUUCCGGCAACUCAUCUUUGAAAACCUUACUCGCGGGAUGAAAUAUGUUUUAGAUGCUAUGGAGGAUAUGGACUUAAAAGUUUCCGAGGAGAAUCUACCCUUCAUCGACCUCGUAGAGAAUGCCACCGACAUACGCGAUGGAGAAGCCUUUCCACAAACUUAUCAUACUCCACUGGCGUCACUUUGGGCAGAUCCGAAUGUGCAACAAGCAUGCGCACGGGGGAAUGAAGCUGCAUUGCCUGAGAACUUAUAUUAUUACUUCUCCGAACUUGACCGACUGUUCGAACCAUCAUAUCAGCCUACGGAACAAGACAUCAUCCAUGCUCGCGCCCGGACGAUUGGUAUCACGGAAACUACUUUCAAUCUGAAGGAUCACGAAAUGCUUAUGGUAGAUGUGGGUGGGCAGAAGAGCGAGCGGAGAAAGUGGAUACAUUGCUUCCAAGACGUCACCAGUAUCCUAUUUUUGGUGAGCUUGAGUGGGUACGAUCAGUGCUUAGUAGAGGAUCGAGAUGCGAACCAAAUGCAAGAUGCGAUGACCAUCUGGGACUCGAUAUGUCACUCACAAUGGUUCAAACAAACUUCUAUCAUUCUGUUUCUCAACAAGAACGAUCUUUUUGAGAAGAAGAUUCCACAUUCAGAUAUCAAGAAUUUCUUCCCGGACUACGACGGCGAAUCUGGCGACGUGAAGUCAGGACGAGAGUACUUCAAGAAACGUUUCGGCAAGCUUGCGCAGAAGGCGGACAAGACUAAAGAGCGGGAAAUAUACAUACAGUGCGUGCCUCCAGACACGGCUUUGCUGAGAGUGGUUAUGGCUGCAGUCGAAGGUCACAUUGUACUUCGAACAAACCUUGAAACCGCAGCACUCAUUUGAUUCAUUGUUCAAAUUUUCUUGCGCUACCUACUACCAUCAUCUCUUGCUUUCAUAUAUACUCUCAUAUUUUUCAUCAUAUCUUUAGUCUUCUUGUUUGUGCUCUCUAUGCUGCUGUACGCCGUUCCACCUGCGCAUGCGUGCGUGACCGUUCUGCCUUGAAUGACUGUCACUGCGCCGUUAUCGUAUAUUGGUUUUCUAUUUCCUCAAGUCGGGUCUUCCGG